GCCCGGUUGCCAUCGCGACGGCUGCGACGCGGUGGCAGCAGCAUGUCGGACCUGAGCGACGAGGAGGCCGAGGAGGAGGCCGAGGCUUACCUGGGGGAGUACGAUGGUGAGCGCAAUUCUGAAGGUGAACGGCAUGGACGUGGGAAAGCAGAGCUGCCCAAUGGUGAUACGUACGAGGGUGAAUAUGAGCACAGUCUCAGAAACGGGCAGGGGACCUACAGAUUUAAAACUGGUGCUUACUACAUUGGAGAAUAUCUUCAAAAUAAAAAGCACGGCCAUGGUACUUUUUAUUAUCCAGAUGGAUCAAAAUAUGAAGGAAGCUGGGUAGAUGAUCGGAGACAUGGCUAUGGAGAAUAUACGUACGCAAAUGGAGACACCUAUGCUGGAGAAUGGUUUAACGACAAUAGGCAUGGACAAGGUACAUACAUCUAUAAAGAGACUGGAUCUAUGUAUGUUGGUGGUUGGGUAAAUGGAAUACAGGAAGGAGAAGCAGAGCUUAUCCACCUAAAUCACAGAUAUAGGGGCAAGUUUUUGGAUGGAAUUCCUGUCGGUCGUGGCAAAUAUAUCUUUGACAUUGGAUGUGAACAGCAUGGUGAAUACAUACAGUCAGAGGAGGAUAAAGGGGAGGAAGAAGAAGAGGAGGAGCCCUCUGUACUUGCUGCACCAAAGUGGAAAGCAACAGAAAUCACUAAAUUAAUACACUGGAUGCCCAAGGUGGAAAAAGCACCUUCUCCCAGUGAAGGCCCCCCAGCAGCAGCAGGAGAGACAGCAGCAGCAGAUGAAGCAGUGGAAGAAAGAGCAGACGAAAAAGACAAAAUGCAAACAAAUCCAGUCAUUGACGAAUCUGCUGAACAUAGGGAUGAUAUGCCUUCUCUUCAUAAAGUAUCCAGUGAAGUUUUCAGCCCAGCAAAGGAUGCAGAAGUAGAAGAUGAGGAAAUAAGGGAAGAAGAAAAUGAAGAAGGAGAAGAGUACCAAGGAACUGCUGGUUUAGAAGAUGAGGAGGAAUCAGAGGAAGCAGAGUAAUUGGAUACAACUAAAGACAAAUAAAGGCAGAAAAGGAAAUUGCAGAGUAAAUCAUUGGUUAAGGUAAAUGUACAACAAUAUUUUUAUUUGUAUCUUUGUUAUUUUUUGAAUAAACAUUUCUGUUACUGUUCUAUCUGGAAUAUACCUCUCCAAAACUUUUACAAUCCCAGAGUAUGCCAUCUCAGGACCACUUCAUUCCAUAGUGGCAGGCAGUUGUUGAAUUCAAUAUGGGAUGAUUCUGGAUCUAUAAAGUUGAGUCCUCACACAUUCAUGGAAUCAAAGUUUUGAAACAUUUGGCAUGAUAGUUCUAAGGCAGAACAUAUAUGCAUCCAAUAACUGACUGAACCACUUGUCCCUGUAGUAAUUAGGUUGCUUUUGGUGACCUAUGUUCAUCUCUUCACAGGAAGACAGAUUUUCAAACCUGAUGAAUACAUCAGUAUUGCCCAAAACUUCAGAACAUCAUAUCCAUCUUGGAAGUUAGUUAACAUGCUCAAAUAUGGUCUUAGAAUCUUUUAUGCUGGAAGUGAACUCAAGAACUCCAGCUCGGUCUGUAUCUACUAUCACUGGACAACCAAGUAUAGGGCCACAUUACUUACUGUAAGCUGUUAUCACUGUUCUCCAAGAUACCAAGCUCAAAUCUCUCCUUACCUGAUUUGCAAACCUGUUGGCAGAGAUACUGUUAUUCCACUUUGUUAAAUGGCUUCUGUGCUUCCUUUUUCCUCCAAGACUGACCCACAAUGAUGGAAGUUGAAGCACUACCUUUAGCAACGGCCACAUUAUCAGCGGUUAAUACCCAGGAUUGAUCUUCUCCUACUUGACCUCUUCCAAUUGAGGAUGAAGGAGAUGUCCUGUGGGUUCCUAUGUCCUUUGCCAGAAUCCUGUAGUUACUCUUAUUUUGCUCCAGGUCUCCCUGAGUAGCAUAAUUGAUAUUCACACCAAUGAGCAAACAAGGAGGUAAUGGUCAUUGGACAGGAUGAGUUUCGGCCAUGCUUCUACAAUACCCACAGUCUGGUCACUUGUCAAGCAGCAAACCUCCCACGACAGCAUAUCUGGUACACAGACAGGUGUCUCUAUCCCCUAUGGGAGAGGACCUCCAGCUUCUAACACUUGCUGUUUCUCUUUAGUGUUGAUGCUUCAUAUGGGGCCAGUUAGCUUGGAAGCCUCCCUUUACAUCCUCUGUUCCCCUCCCAUGGCUAUUGGGCCUCAAUACCAACUCUCUACAUCCAGGUCUAAGCAGCAAUGGUGGAACAUUUCUCCUGCUGCCAGAAGUUAUGAACUUUAACAAGCUCAGGGGAGAAUCCUUCCAACACUCCACCCAGUCCAGUCCCUAGACAUCACCUCAACCUCACAAGUCAGGCUUUUGCUACUAGAGAAACGCUGCUGAUACCUCAUUUGCCCUCCUUACUGAUAUACAGUCUCCACACCUCCUACAAGUCUUUUAUGCAAUAAUGCAACAUCUAAAUCACUACACAGAGCCUCACCAAGAGACACCAACUCAGAUUGUGGAUACAACAUCCCCCUGCCCAAUCCAGGUCUAGACUGACACUACUAUGCCAAGGACAUGGACUUUCUCUUUUGGUGGCAGAGGUCAGGCCCAGCAGCUCAUGAUUGUUGGUGAGCACAGUCUCACACUGACUGGAUGAAAGUUUCUGCCUUCACUCAGCACCCAAACAGCACCUCCUCCUCAGCCCCCAAAAAACAAAUCAAACAACUAAACAAACAAACAAACAAACAAACAAACAAAACCAAACACCAAAAAAUCCACCACCACACACAAAAAUAACCAAAACCAAAACAACAAAAAACUCCAACCAUCAAUCCCUAAUGAGCAGGAACCUGUCACUCAGAAGAGAGCUACCAGGAGAUUUCAGCUGAAGAAGGCCUCCAGAAGCUACCAGAAUUGAAUCAAAUGACAUCCUAUAAAUAAUAAGUUAAAAGUAAAGAGCAAGGUAGAGCUGCACAAAAUAUUGUGAAAGCACAAUUUGUUACAGACAUAUAUGUUACACUUCUUCAAGUGGAAAAAAAAAAAAGCUGCUCUGAAACAUUGUUUUCCUGAUAAUAUAUAAAUGAAACCUUCUGUUUCAUCUGUUUAAUUGACUUUCUUAUACUUCUGAGAAUACUGGUAUGAAUGUUGAUGGACUUGGAGUUUGAGGCAGAAUGUUGCUGCCCUGCAGCAGUUUGCUUUCAAAGUAAGGUAACUGGUUUGGGCCUGAUUAGGGUAAGAGAUGUUGAGCUGGCAUUGCUUAAACAGGACUUGAAUUUUUUUUAUUCAUAAAUUUUCCUUUGGGGGAAAAUAAAGGAAAACUUUUAACAAGUUCCUUUUCUCGACAACUCAACAACUCAAGCAAAGAUAUGCCAAGAAGUUUAAGCUAGUGAUAAAUAUGGAUUAAGAUAAAAUGGGGGUAGUGAGGUGAGUCACACGAAAUAAAUAGAGUUUAUUACUUCUUCCCGAAAUGUUUCUCCUAU